AUGGUUAUGUACUUUUUCCACAAGCCGAGUCGCCUGCUUGUCGACAUUGAAAGAGCAAGAUUUCCUGCUCGUUACCCCUCAAAAUCUUCAACAUGCGACCUCGGCUACGGGCCAACAUCUUACUUAGUGCAACGCUCUUUACGUGUCAAGAAAGCAGAAGAACGGAUCUUAGCCCUAGCCUCCACAGGGGGUUCUCGCCGCAUCAAACCAGAAGUUGCCCUUAUUCUUCGUCAUGCUACACAUAUGGACGCCGAAGAAUUGAUGAAUCUGUACAAUUCUUACGUACGCGGCACUGUCCAAUGCCUCGACACCAAACCAAUCGCCGUGGAUGACAUGUUCCAACGCGUCGACGAAUCGCGCAAGGAGGAGCUCCCUUUUAUUGUUGCAAUAGAUGUACAGAGGCAAGAGUCCGGCCGCAAGAUGUUGGAGUAUAUUCGACUGACCAAAUUCUUGGACGGGCAACCCUCUGUCUCGGGCACAGCUCGGUUGGAAAUAAUGAUUUGGCAUUCCAACAGAGGUCAGAAUGUCGGCCGCUGCUUGAUGGAUGCGAUGAUGACUUUGGCCGACCCACGAUAUUCUCCAAAAGGAGGCUACUACUUUAUGCCCCCUCCAAAUGAUAUGGAUGAUAUAUCAUUCUCCAGCUCAAUAAGCUGUCGCCCAUUGUCGUAUUUGGUCAUGUUAAUGAAUCACUCGGACCCUGAGGCGUCGAGGUUCCGCAGGAUCAGGGAUUGGCUGUCACGGGAACACACCUUUUCGCAAAAAGGAGACUUGCCAUCUGUAGCUGAGAAAAUGGGACAGCCAGUUAACAUUGCUAUUUUGGUCCGUCGUAUCCGCCUGUGA